UGCAAAAGUCCUCUGUACUAUUGUAGGUGUUCGUAAACUACAUCUACACACGCAUUUUCAAGUGCAUUUCCCGGCAAAUAUCGUUCGAGCGAUAUCAAUGAUACGAGUAUAAAUAUCAAACGAAUUUCAAUUACAUUUUAAAAUAAUGACUCUUGACAAUUCGUGGCACGUGAUCAGAACUGCCGCUGCAGAAAACAAACAUGAAUUGGUGUUGUCAGGACCGGUUAUAUCGGAAUUAAUUGAAAAACGAGGUUUCGACAAGUCUUUAUUUAACCUGCAACACCUAAACUUUUUAAAUAUAACACAGACGUGUUUGGAAGAAGUACCAGAAGAAAUUGAAAAAUUACAGAAUCUUACAACUUUAGUAUUACACUCGAAUCAGAUUUCAAAAAUACCCAGUACUAUUGACAAAUUGGAAAAACUAAAGGUUCUCGAUUGCUCCAGGAACAAAUUAACAUCUUUGCCAGAUGAAAUCGGAAAACUUCCGCAAUUGACAACGAUGAACUUGAGUUCAAAUCUUUUGACUUUGUUGCCUAGCCAAGCUGCUAAUGUUAAAUUGAGUGUUUUGAAUCUAUCAAACAACAAAUUUGAAAACUUUCCUGAUGUGUGUUAUGCAGAACUGAUUCAUCUUUCUGAGAUUUAUGUUAAUGGAAAUGAAAUAAAGGAAAUCCCUAUAACUAUAAAUCAAUUACCAUCUUUGAAAAUAUUAAAUGUAGCUGAUAAUUCAAUUUCAGUUGUACCUGGUGAAGUUGCUGAUUGUAAUAAACUAAAAGAAUUAUAUCUGAAAGGAAACACUUUGAAAGAUAAAAGAUUAUCAAAAUUGGUUGAUCAAUGUCGCACUAAACAAAUAAUAGAAUAUAUUAAGUUACAUUGUCCUGUAACUAGCAGUUCAACUGCUUCAAAUGCCAAAGGGAAAAAGGGCAAGAAAGCACAGAAAUUUUCAGAAUCCGAAAGUAUUGUUAAAGAAAUAAAUAGUUUAUCGCACAAAUUAAAAGUUUUCAAAGUGACGGAUGAUACACCAUUAAUCAAAAUUACGAAACAUGUAAAAAGCAUUAGACCGUAUAUCGCAGCUUGUAUUAUUAAACAUGUGAAAUUCACAGAUGAUAGUUUCAAAAAAUUUAUUCAACUUCAGACUAAAUUACAUGAUGGAAUAUGUGAAAAAAGAAAUGCGGCUACCAUUGCUACACAUGAUUUUAAAUUACUCAAACCUGGUGAUUUGGUAUACACUGCAAAACCUCCAACGUUGUUAGAAAUUAAACCUUUAUCAUAUAAUAAGGUUUAUACUGGAGCUGCAUUAUUCCAACAAUUACAAACAGAAGCUGAUAAUUUAAGAAAAGAAAAAAAGCGCAAUGUAUAUUCUGGCAUUCAUAAGUAUCUUUAUCUAUUAGAAGGUAAACCUUUAUUUCCAUGUUUAUUGGAUGCCUCAGAACAAGUCAUAUCAUUUCCACCCAUAACGAAUAGUGAUAUUACAAAAAUGUCAGUAAACACUGAAACUAUAUUGGUAGAAGUAACUAGUGCUACAUCCUAUUGUAUUUGCAGAAAUGUUUUGGAUCAAUUUUUAAAAGAGAUGGUCACACUCGGUUUUGGAUGUUCCUUAGAACAAGAAAGUACUACAAAUUAUCAUACUUUAGUUGUGGAACAAAUAAAAGUAGUAGAUAUGGAUGGUAACAUGAUACUAGUUUACCCUUCAAGAGCAGACUUAAACUUUGAAGAUAAUUUAAUAAGUGUGUUGCGAGACUAAUAACUAACUGUGAGUAAUUUAACUUUAUUAAUGUGUUAUUUGUUUCACCUAUAAUUAUUUUGUUUUUUUAUAAGUGAUGUUUUGUCAUUGAUGAAAUAACAAAUAUCGAUUUGAUUUUGUUUCUAUGGUAUAAAUUAUUUUUGUAACAUCCUGUAAUGGUUAAAAUAAGUUGUUGCAUAUUAAUUUAAUGUAUGUAGUGUAUCUUUUAUACGUAACUUUUUUGGUAUAUACAGAUGUACAUUACAGAUUAAGUAUAAUAAAAUAUUUUUGUACUGAAAACAAAUUAUUUGUAAUAAUAAUAAUAAUAAUAACAGCAACAU